CGUUUUUGUAACCUGAGUUUUUUUUUUUUGUUUGUUUCAGAUGGCCAAACCUCUAAUGGAGAAACGCAGAAGAGACCGUAUUAAUCACAGCCUAGAGACACUGCGACUCCUUUUGUCAGAAAAUACAAACAACGAGAAACUGAGAAGUCCCAAAGUGGAAAAGGCUGAGAUCUUGGAGAGUGUUGUGAAUUUCCUGAGAGCUGAACAACCAGAACUUCAGACCAGAACCAAGGGCAGGAAGAGAGCACGGGAAGAGGACACGGAGGAUCCUGCCCACAGUCCGAUGUACUCUGACGGCAUGAGGACUUGCCUGUUGACCGUCAGUCAUUUCAUCGCUUCCAAAAGCCAAGAACUGGAAGGUGGACUGGAGUUGGAGUGGAAGCAUUCCUACGAACACUUGGCACAGAAGCCCCCAGCAACCACGGCGAUGGCACCACACGACUCCAGCUCUCUGUCAACAAAGCAACUGUCCAUGCCAGGAUCUCCAGCAACAGGCCUCAGUGCAUCCACCGCACAGUCUGGACCCCAGGAGACAAAGGCAACUUACAUGGCAACAAAAAACACGUCUGCCUCCCCAAAACCCUCAUCGGUGUUAAGUGACGGUGUGUGGAGACCUUGGCCACAGGAGAGCAGGAAGCAUUGAUGAUAUGAAUGGCUGGGCUCCUUGCUGACCUCCUAGUUGUGAUCAAAUUAUAGGUCAGAUUGACUCGAUCACUCGAUGUUUAAAUAUACAAUUAUGUGUAUAUAUGACUAUCAUGAAUUCAUUGUUACUGUGUCAUACCAGACAAAAGAUGAUGACCAAAAUCGAAAGCAUUUGAAAUUUUAGUGAUGAGUCACUGUGGAUAACUAGAGGUCAAAGAAACAGAAAUGAUCGUGUAGCUUCUCCAUCUACAAUUUGGUCAUACAAUGUAAAACUCUUUCCCUGGUGAAAAACUGUAUAUAUAUGUAUCUUUGUAAAGUGGAUAUCUUUAUUUUUGACAUCUGUGUACCGCAUGAGCAUUCUGCCCAUGUAUAUUUGCAUUGCCAGUAUAUGUCUAGCCAUUGCUUUUCCUUUUUUGAAAGAGAGAGUGUGAUAUUUGAUAUCAUGUUUAUAUUUUUUUGUAUUCACUUCCUCAUUUCUUUGUAUUCAUUAGAUUACAGAAACAGAGAUUACUCAACGUGUUUUUUCACAAUGAGAGGUGCAUUGACCCUUUUUAUUUUUUUCUUUUUUUUCUUUCUCCAACCUGUAUAUAUAUGUAUCUUUGUAAAGUGGAUAUCUUUAUUUUUGAAAUCUGUACUGCAUGAGCAUCCUGCCCAUGUAUAUUUGCAUUGCCAGUAUAUGUCUAGCCAUUGCUUUUCCUUUUUUGAAAGAGAGAGUGUGAUAUUUGAUAUCAUGUUUAUAUAUUUUUAGUUCACUUCCUCUAAUUUUUUUGUAUUCAGCCGAUUACAGAAACAGAGAUUACUCAAUGUGUUUUUUCACAAUGAGAGGUACAUUGACCUUUUGAUUUUUUUUCUUCUCCUUUCUCCAACCUGUUUAUAUUAAAUCUGGACACUAAAAGGUGAUUGCUUCUAUUUUUGUAUUAAACAAGACAUUUUAUACAUUUACAACUCUUGUGUGUGUCUCUCUCUUGGGAAUGUGUUGAUUUGACACCUGAAUGCUCUUGACCUUGCUGGUUCUGCUCCCACCUAGCUAAAUGCUCUUGUAAGGGCAACUGUUACACCC